UAAGACUCGCAUGUCCAACGAGCUAAACGUGUCCUCUACUCGCUGGAAUGACACGAGAGAUCUCGUAUGUCUCGACAACCCGCACGGUAAGGUCUCCAUUCAUCUUUUCACCACUCUUUUCAAGGUCGUUGUUUACUCGAUGACUGCGAAAUCAUCAUUGGAUGAUCGAUCAGAUCGAUCAGAUCGAUCAGAUCGAUGGCCAAAAGAUCACCGAGAGAUUCGUUGUAGAUGCUCUCGCGACGCUCUUUCGAGCCGUACGGCACUAUCGACACUAUCGAUAAGCCAAGUCUCGAUACGAGCUGCGAGUGCUGCGACCUGUGAUAACGAGGUUAAGGUGCACAAAACGAUGAAUAUCAUGUGUAAUCGUGUCACGUCUCGUAUCAGACCGUUUCUGCUUACGAGAGAUGUGUCGGUGAGUUGCGCCAGGCGGAAAGAUGAUUUUCAACAGUUGAUUCAUCCAGAAGGUCGGGAACCCGGCAUCCCACCUUACGUAGAACGCCAAGGAGAAAAUGCAAGUCUCAAAAGAGCACGACUGACGUAUCAAUCUCGUAAACGUGGCAUGUUGGAGAAUGGUCUGCUUCUUAGCACCUUUGCAAGCAAGUACUUGAAUACAUUCGAUGACAAUCAGUUGAGGCUAUACGAUCGACUUAUCAACUUACCAUCCAAUGAUUGGGACAUAUUCUAUUGGGCGACUGGUGUUAAACCGACUCCACCCGAAUUUGACAAUCAAGUGAUGGACUUGUUGAAGAGGCAUAUUCAAAACGAAGAUCGACAAGCCAGGAUAACGCAGCCAGAUUUAUAAAUAAUAUACAUAUGUUGAGAGAAUCCUUGCUAGUGUAUACUAAGCAGUAAUAAUCCAAUGUAAAGGACGCUUUUAGCUUACAUAUUUAAUUUCACAACCAUUGUCAAAUUGUUCCACCCAAUAAAAUGACUAAAACGCC